UCUACCCACUUGUUGAAAUUCGAUCGUAUAUUCGAUUUUAUGAUUUCAAGUGAUUAACCCUAGUUUUUAGGUGUCAGGCUAGACAUUCUUUCGACCACACGUGAGUUCCAAUCACCCAUAUUAUUCAAGUGAGAUUAUAGUUGUAUUCUCUAUCCACUGGGAAAGGUGGGAGCAAUAGGAGAAUCAUUGCCGUUGGUGUUUAUUUUGAAUUCGUUCAAAACCCUUUGAAGGGAUAAUCACUUGCUUCGUUGGACUUAUCUGCUACUUUUUUCUAACCCCACCACCAUCCAACAGGUAGGCAAUCCCUCGUGCUAGAUAGUUUUCUCCCACGAUGAUUUGGAGAGGUUAUUGUUCUAUCAUUCACCAGGGCCAACAGAAUAGUAUUCUGAGGCAUGAAGGAAUGGUUCAUGCAGUCGCUAAUCGUUUACCUCGAAAAAGUCAAUCAAAUCAUCAAGGAUCUGCGUCAAAGGAUUAUUCACAACCUCACACCUCUUCCACAGCUGGAGCUUGUGAAUACUGUGGACUCCAACCUCAUUCACGUACAGGAUGUCCUGCCAGAAAUUCCAUGUGCAGAAAAUGCUCUUCUAAAGGUCAUUGGGAAAAAGUUUGCAAAAUGAGAAGUCUGAAACCCAGAAGAAUGGUUCGAAAUGUUAAUGCAGGUUUAGAAAACAAUGGUGAAGACGAAUCCAGGGAAUAUGAAGCAGCAGGUAUUUCAGCAGCAGGUAUUUCAGAACAUUUUUUAGGGACUAUGUCUUUGCAUAGUGGUCUUUCUAACCGAACUCAUAAUGAAAUCACUCAAACUGUAGGAAAGAUUUAUGUGAAUGAAAAAAAUCAGUGGAUGGUGAAUUUGGAGAUAAUUGAUUUUGAUACUAAAGUUUCCUUUCUAAUUGAUACUGGAGCUGAUAUUAUAUGUUACCCUUUUCAUUUAUUGAAGGAAUCAAUACUCAAAAAUAUCAUAAAUUGUAAUGAUUGUAUAUUUGGACCUGAUGGUAAAAAUUUAAAUGUGUAUGGUAAAAUCUCUUUUUCUCUAAAAUGCGCAGAUACUAGGAAAACUCACCAAGGGGAUGCUUUCAUUAUAAAAGAUUUAAAAGUCCCAAUACUUGGGAGGCCAGCUAUUCUUGAUUUAGAUAUUUUGCAUUUCAAAGCUGGUAAUCUAAUGACUAUAGUUGAUGAAUCCAGGGAUAGUUCAAAAGUUAAUAUUGCUCAAGAAUAUCCCAAAGUAUAUGAGGAAUUGGGUAAUUUCAAGGAUGAAAUUGAUAUUCAUU